ACUGGGGACUGGUUGGAGGAGUUCUCUUCAAUAAAGACGAGCGGCCAAUUUGGUCUUGUAAGACGGACGCGGUACUUCCAAAAUAAGUACCGCUCUACUGAUUCCUGGAGCCGCGCAGAGCCAAAACGAUCACUCACUUGUUCUUGGAGAGGACCAACACGCCUUCUUUGUUGUACCUCGUUUCGACGCGAACAUUGCCCAGCUACCCUUCAGCACCACCACAGUAUCCCUACAGUACUUCUACAGUAAUACUACAGUACUCUCACAGUACAACAGUUGAAAGUUCAUCAAAUUUCUCGUGUGCAAAGUGGAAUAAAAAACUCAAUUGUAGGCAAACGUCACUUUUAGAGAGAUAAGAGACUCUGAUAAAAAGUCAAACAUCUUAUCAGUUUGGCAUUUGCCUUCUUGGGCAAACUGACGAAAUUGACACACACUAUUUGAUUUUCUACUUUCCUUUUUUCACUAAAUACUAUUCAUUCAAAUAUUUUUAAAAAAUGCCAUCGUUGCUCAAUAUCCCUCUAGAGAUUGUUGGCGAAGUUUUGGAGAAGUUGGAGCCCAUGGAUCGAUUGGCCAGCCGUAAAGUUUGCCGCAACCUGAGAGCUGCCAUUGAUAAUAUCGGAAUAAACUUUGACGAAAUCUCAUUGACAUUUUCGAAAAACCACAAGGUUGAACUGGAAUUGGACAAAUUUCAAACCAAAUAUUACAGUGCAAUAGAUGGUAGUACUGUACUGAAUUAUAAUGAACAGGAAAAGAUUAUCAAAGGAGAAAGUUGUCUGAAAAUAGUAUUUAACGAUUUGGAGAUACUAUUGAACAAUUCCUUGUCAAAGUUUAGCUUUUCUGUACAUAUAGAAGAUAAAUUGGACAUUAUCAAUGCUCUCAAAAACGUCUUGAAAGUCAAAAAAUCGAUAUUCGUUAAGGAAAUCUGGCUGCGUGAUAUAUCAUUCAAUGAUGCUCUUUCUAUACUUCCUUAUUUUAAUGCGGACAUGCUGGAUAUCAUCCACUUAUCGAUUUCUGACAAUAUUAGUCAAUUUGAAAGAAUAACAUAUCUGGAUCAAUGGAAAAGCGCAAGAUCCUUCCAUCUUAGCUAUGUUAACUUUGACGAUGAUUACAUUGAGCAUUUGUUCCGCUUCGAAGAGUUUUCCAUUUCAUUGCCGUACCUAUUAACAGAUACUGUGGUUGAUAUCAUAGAUGAUCUCUUAACAAGGCCCACAUUCCGAGAGUGUUGUAUUGAGUUUGAAGGUGAUGAAGUUAAAGCCGAUCAAGUCCUAAGACUAUUUGAUCCGGACCGGCCAGCCUAUAGUAGUGAUGAGAUUGAAUAUUCGAAUGAUCAGGGUACAUUUGCAAUCAAGUGUCAACUUGUAGGGCACUACGAUUACGCAUUUGAGAUUGAAAGACUGGUUGAAUAAAAUUUGCAUAUGAUUAUUUUUUCC